AUGAGCACAGGACGCGUCAAGGUGCUGUGCGAGCGCAUUAUGAGCCGUGGCUACGAGCCACGCGUUGCGCGCCUCAUGGAGAACGUCAAGACCACGGUGCGUGCGCAGCCCGGCUUCAUCUCCAUCGACACCUACGCGCAGGUGGAUGACCACACGAAAUACGUCGUUUUCUCCGAGUGGGAGUCUAAAAAGGAUUUCGACAUGUGGCUGGCCAGCAAAGAGUUCCGGGAGUGCACGCAGCAGAUUAACGAGUUGCUAGACGUGCCAGGGCUGCACAUGCGCAUCUUCAAGACCCCCAAGGAAGACGUUUUCCUCCUUUGAGCAGAUGACAACACGACAGCAUUGUUUACACAGAAAUACUACAAAAGCACUUCAUUGCAGUCUAGAUUGCAGUAGAGGCUCGCAGAAUGGCCACAGCACAACGCUCGCAACAGACCCUGCAGUAGUCAAAAUCGGGUGCUGAAGCCAUUGUACAUCUUUUUCUCCGCCGUUGACGAUGUCGACUUCCAUUCGUCUAAGAAGACUCG